AUGGGCAUCAAGAAGAUCAUACUCAGGCCGGGGGACGAUCAACAGCUCGUCAAGAAGUAUGACGAGGUAGCUAUUGAGUACACAGGGUGGAUCGCCAAUGAGGAUGGACCAGAUAAGAAAGGUCAACGAUUCGACACAUCAAUAGGCCGUGGCGAUACCGUCACAGUCAUCGGUAUGGGACGUGUCAUGAAAGGCUGGGAUAAAGGGAUUACUGGCGAGUUCAAAUCCGAGGACCCCAAUGAAACAGUCAAACCCAUGGCACUGAACGAGAAAGCGAGGUUCAUAUUCACCUCAGAUUACGGUUAUGGUAUCAAUGGCUUCCCCGGACACGUCCCGAGAAACGCAUCACUAGUCUUUGAAAUGGAACUGAAACGGAUCGGUCCUCAAAGGGCGCCAUAG